GAAUCACAUUCAUAUACCCCACCACCACACUUCAAAUUUAAAUGCGAAAAUUUUGGUUACUCAUUCUUCACUUUGCACCUUCUUCUUCUUCUCCAACUUUGAAAUUUUUGAUUUCGUUCAUACAUAAUUUUUGUCCCAAUUCCAACAAUUAUGGCUAACGUGGUGGAGUUGAAGGUAGGAUUGCACUGCGACGAGUGCAUCAAGAAAAUCUUGAAGGCCAUCAAGAAAAUCGAAGAUAUUGAAACAUAUGAUGUGGAUACGAAGAGAAAUAAAGUGACAGUGACGGGGAAUGUGACAAGUGAGGAGGUGAUUAGGGCGCUUCACAAGAUAGGCAAACAAGCUAUUAGUUGGGAGGAAAAUGCAGUAAAUACCAGUUGAACUCAUUUUUAUUACUACCUCGGACCUACAAAUUAGACACUAUACUCUCUCUCUCUAUAUAUAUAUAUAUAUAGCCAAUGGCUGUUGUUUUUACAUUUUCUCUUCUAAUUUUAGUUGAUCUUGGAUUUGUAUUACUUGAUGGGCAGAGGGUUAUUCAAUAUUUUGAAGAUUAGUUGAGUAUAUUAAGAAUUUUGUUA